AUGAGUGGAAAGAAGGUGAAGGGAAAGGAUGGCGGGAGAAAAGAGAAGAGCCUUAUUGCAAGCAUGUCAUGGUUCGGUUUUAUAACCUUCGAAUGGAUCACCAUUAUACUGAAUAAGCUAAAGGCGGAAGACAACUUCACUCUCCCCAAAGUAGAAGAAGAUGCAGGGAUUGAAUACUACGCGUACAAGUUGGGGAAUAAUUUGAGGGGAUUUAAAAAGAGGAAGAGACAAAAUGGCAGAUGUAAUAUGAACCCAAAUGGAGGAUCUCAUGAAAACAGUUCGAAUGGAACGUCCAACAGGGAGACUUACUACCCGGUGCAGAAGAGGGGAAUCAUAUUUGCCCUGCUAAAAACGUUUAGGAACCAACUAUGUUGUAUUACGUUCUUCUAUGUAAUACACACGCUGUAUCUCAUUUUUGUGGCGCUAUGCAUAGAAAACUAUAUACUCCUCAUUAGGGGGAAGGGCAACCCUUGGAUUCCCUACGUUCAGAGACACAAAGAAAUAGCAUUUGGCUUGUUCCUAGUUGUAGUCAUAUGCUUCGAUUUAUUUUUCGACGCCGUUUUAACAUUCUUUGACUACCGCUUAAGGUUAAACAUGGAAAUCACCCUCAUGUACUUUUUGUAUAAAAUAAAUUUGGAGAAAUUUAGGGGAAGAUUAAUCAGCAAUCCAUAUAUCGGCGUGGGGAAUGUGCAGGACGGGGUGGCCAUGUUACCAGGGGGGGAGACCAAGAAAGGGGAUCAACACACGGUGCAAAUUGAGGGUGUUUCAGACGACCGGGUUGGUGGGGGGCCCGUCUCCUGCGACCCGAUGGGGUGUGAAGCUGCUGCAAGGGAAACGCUUUCAAGGGAAGUCAUUGUGAAUGACGCUGUUUUGGAGGAAGCGCACACAGUCGGUUCUAAGCGACAAGUAAAAAUCAGUGAUGAUCAGUUGGGAGAAAGGUCCCCCCGUAUGGAAGUAAACUCCAGCGUCGCUAAGGGUGAGCACAACCAAUGCACAGAAGAGCCACCCCGCCAGGAAGACAAAACAGAGAACGACUCCUGCGAUCUCAACAUAUACAACAUAAUGUUUGUGGAUACACCCUUCCUUAUCUACUUCAUCAGUUCCAUGAUAGACCUUUGCAACAUGAUCAUUAAGUUUACCAUUUCGUUCUACAUGUUUUAUUACAAAAUGGGUAGGGAAGCAGUAGUGGAUGGAAUUCUUCUAAUAACAUUUCUGUAUAGUCUAAUGUUUGCCUUUGAAUUAGCGUCAAGCGUUUUUAAGAUAAGGCACCUAAAAUGUCGUGACGCCCGCAUAAAUAACAUGCACCAUAUAUUGAAGGAAUACAAGCUGAUGAAAAUGUUCAACUGGGAAGCCAUCGCUUUCGACUAUGUUAAUAGACACAGAAAGAAGGAGAUGAAAGUUUGCACGAUUAGAAUUUACCUCGGUUCGUUAAGUAACUAUAUGAACGCCAUUUCAAUGAAUGUUGUAGAGGUAGCCAUUUUUUUUAUUUUCAUCAGAGGAGAGAUAAACAGCCAUAAACCAAUCAACGUCAGCUCCAUCAUCACUCCUUUGUUUCUGUACAAGUCGCUCAUAGCUGGCAUGUCCAACCUGCCUAACAUUAUAAAUAACCUUCUCGAGGGGGUCAUCAACAUUUGCAGAAUCAACAGGUACAUCGACCACUACAUGUUUCAGCAGGGUGACGGUUGUGGGUACUCCGGGAACGACCACCCGAUUGGCAUAAACACCACAACCACAACUGCAUAUGGGGGUCACAGCAGGAACAAUUUGAAUACACAAUGUGAGGACGCCAACUGGAGGAACUUCUUCAAGUAUUUUUUCUUCCACAAAGGGUACAAAAUGACCAGCGGGGGUAAGAGCACUACUAACAGGGACGAUUACCACUACGGCGGUGACAAGGGGGAUGACGCACGUGGAGGAAUAACUACCGAGAAGAUAGCCGAAGUGACCAGCACGCGUGGUACGGACCACCACCACGGGGACGUCAUUUUAAAAAUGGACAGGUGUUACUUCUCUCCGGAGAGGCCACCCACGGGAAGAGGUUCCGACGGUCGGGAUGACCCCACCCCGGGAGACGCCCUCCUGAAGAAUGUGAACCUAACGGUAAAGAACAACACCCUGGUGGUGAUUCUAGGCAAUGUGGGAUCUGGGAAGACGCUGUUCUUUAACGCCCUUUUAGGAAAGCUAAGAUUAUCGCAGGGGAAUUGCUACGUGAAGAGCUUCGCCCAGGACAUGCCCGUGAUGUACGUGCCACAGUUCUACUGGGUAACCAUAGGUACAAUCCGUUCCAUGAUCCUAUUCGGAAAUAGGUUUGACCCGUAUCUGUACUACCGAGUUAUUGUAGAGAGCGAGCUCAUAAACGAUAUGAACACCUUCAAGAGGAAGGACCUACGAUACGUGAAUGAUGAGCACAGUCUGAGCAAAGGACAGAAAGCGAGAAUCUGCUUAGCCAGGGCGCUGUAUCAUCAUUAUAUACACAUGAGUGACUUGCUGAUCGAUUAUGAGAGAGAUGCUCUAGUGAAUAAGAAGUGGCGUGAAAAAGUCACCUCAGGGAAUAUUUACAAAGGGGACACAGAUCAGGUGGGAAAAAAAGUAACCGAUGACGAGCCCCCUUCACAGGAGGAGAAGUACGAACUACACGACGGGAACAACUCCACCAACUAUACUUUAAACGCAACUGACAUGAUCAACACGUGUUCACAUGUUAGUCCAGUGAAGAAAGCAAUGCACAGUGGGUUGGAAGGAAACGAACAGAAGAGACACAAUGGAGGAAGUAAUGACCAUGUGAUCAUCGGACAAACAGGAGAAAUGCACACAGAGAAUAGUGACCUUUUCAAAAAGAACUCUCUUCUGAAGGAAUGCCUGGAUCAGGAGCAAAUGUCCUACCUGUACCUCCUGGAUGACCUCUUCUGUGCAUUAGAUCCAUGCAUAUGCAAAAAUAUUUUUUACAACCUCUUCUGUAGUGAAGAAAACGUGGAAGGAUUUAAGAGGAACUGUUCUUUUGUCCUCACGGCAAACCAAAACAUCUGGAACAGCUUCCUGGAUGAGGAGUUAAUUCGCCACCUACAAUAUGGUGUCGAAAUUUAUCGUCUGCAAGACCGCACGUUGGUGUACGAGGGGGACAUCCACACGUAUAUGAAGAAGAAGGGGAUUGUGGCACAACGGGGGGAAUACUCCAAAGAGGGGUCCUCUCUGAGUGCAGUUUCCACCCUGAACAAUAGGAGCAAAAUGGUGGAAUUCUUCACAGAACAACAAAGUGGAAGAAAGAACAGCCACAAGAACGACACAAAAUAUCAGAAGUUUGUAACGUUGAAGGAGCUGAAAAGUACCUAUUCCUUCAAACUGGAGCCACUGGAUUCUGCGUUUAUGCAUGCCUUCGGAAGGAAGUACACCACGGUGACGCAAAACUAUGUGGAAAAACGCAAAGACCAUAUGAUGAACACAGGCCGUAGCGUGAGCCUUAGUAGUUUGGGGAGCAUGCGAAAAAUGACGAUCAGCAAUUAUGCGGAGGUGCUAGUAAAGGAGAAGAAGAGCUACGUCGGGGGGACAAGUGAUAAGCGUGACGAUAAGCGUGACGACAAGCGGGACAGCAAGAGGGACAAUAAGAGCAACCGGUCCUUCGAGCAGGACGAUAAAAUAACGCUGCACGAGUUUGAAAAGGUUAACAGAGUUUUGCAGGCAAAGCUGAAGCAUAACUAUAUGUAUGAAUACAUGGGGUAUGACGAAAAUGGAGAUGAGGGCGAAGAAGAGGAUCUCCGUUUUAAGGGGAACAUAAAGUGGGAGACGUUUGUCUGGUAUCUUCGUAUGAUAGGUACCCCCAUUAUUGCAUUCAUACUGCUUUUCAUGGUAGUCUCCAUCUUUACAGACGAAAUAAAAAAUAUGUUGCUCUUUUUGGCAAGCACGAUCAUUAAGAGUAAAGGACAGAAGGAGUCCGAAAUUUUAGAGAAGCAGCUAGCAUACAUGAAGUGGUUUGUCCUUCUACCGUGUGUAUCCCUGGUGACCACGUUAAUUUCCUUCAUGCUGAUAGCCCACGGAAUAGCAGUUUCAGCUACUAAGGUCCACACGGAAGUACUUAUGAGCAUUUUAUACGCCCCGAUUCAUACCUUCUACAGCAACAACCUGGGGAACAUAAUAAACCGAUUCAUCACAGACAUAAAUGUUUUGGACAAUGGGAUCAUCAAACGGAUCUACAAAACGUUCUAUACGUUCUUUCGUUUUCUGUUCACAAUUUUUCUCCUCAACUAUAUGGUUCUUCAGACAGCGUAUGUAUUGCCCAUGAUUAUUUUUCUCAUCUACGUUUGCGUUUUUGAAAAGUAUUCACGAGGCUGCAAGGAAGCCCAACGAGGAUACCUCAGUGCACACGCCCCUCUGUGCACCAUCUACAGUAACACCAUAAUGGGGAAAGAGAUAAUUUACCUCUACAAGAAGAACAAGUACUUCCUCGAUUUGUAUUCCAAGCGGGUCUUCGAAUAUAGGAAUUAUACCAUUUUCAAGUGGUGCCUAACAAUAUGGGCCUCCCUCUAUGUGCAGCUCAUCGUAUUAUGUCUGACCGCCUUUUAUAUAAUUUACCCCUAUGUUCUGCACCCCUACAUUGGGAACAAGAAGGACCCCAACUUUUUGAACGAGGAAAAAAACGCCAGCACCAUUGGUUACUGUAUUACCUUCUCCUGCAGUUUGGGCUUUAUCAUUAAGUCUCUUCUGUAUGACUACACGCACGUGGAAAAGGAGAUGUGCAGCACACAGCGUCUGGAGGAAUGUUCGCAGAUGUUCAAGGAGCACGUGAACUACGAGGACAAGGGGGAAGCGCUUCCCACGCAGGUACCAGAGGUGAAGUGCGAACCGGAGAAAUGCACACCGAUUAAAUUCGCACCGACGAAGUGCACACCGACUGAUGUAACAAACGACCUAACAGCAACGUGCGUACCGAACGAUGGAAAGGCCAACUACGGGCUGCACUUCGAAAACGUCUUCGUGAGCUACAAGAAGAAAAUCUUCAUCGACAAGUCACGUAACCUGUACUACUACGCAAACGAAAAGUCCUGUCUGCGAAAUAUGAACCUAUACGCACUGAAGGGGCAGAAGAUUGGCAUUGUAGGAAGGUCGGGGGCGGGGAAGAGCACCACCAUCCUCUCGGUACUAGGUCUCAUACCCACCACCAGGGGAACCAUAUCGAUCGAAGGCAGAGAUAUCAAAACCAUGAGUUUGGAAGAAAGAAAAAGCAUCAUUGGUCUCCUCCCUCAGUCCUCUUUCGUAUUCUUCCACUGGAACAUACGCACGUAUAUAGACCCCUACAACAACUUCACGGAUGACCAAAUUAUGGAUGCCUUCAAAUUAAUAGGUAUUAACCUCCAAACGGAGGAUUUAUACAAAUACAUCUACAAGCAGAAGAAGAAAAAUACUCACGACGGUAGAGGAAUACCUAACGGAAGGGAAAAGUGCAAUAAGAGUAACUCCACCACCGGAGCAAACUUCCUGUCCCUCUCGGAUGACUGCAUUCGUUACUUAGCUUUGGUAAGAAUCUUCCUAAACAGACAUUCGUACAAGCUUGUUCUAAUCGAUGAGAUCCCUGUUCUCAACUUAAACCUAAGCAACAGCAAUGCGAAUAAUUUUUUCUCUAGUGACGUCAAAUCCUUUGAAUACAUCAUACGGAACUACUUCUCUCACAUCACUGUGUUGAUCAUCGCCCACGAUGUGAGUACGCUCUCCUGCUGUGACUUCAUUUACGUUGUGGCCAAAGGAGAGGUCUCCUACAAGUGCAGCUACGCAGAAAUCAAGACGCAGGCGGCGUUGGCCGCUCUGAUUCAACAGCAGACGGAGUGA